AUGUUGUCGAGGGACCUGAGUGUAGCCGCCGGGCUGCUGCUGCUGCUGCUGGUCUGUGUCCAGCGUCUGCACGGCUCUGCACUCCCUGCUGUUUCCUCCUACGAGUUCACAGCCUACAGGAUGCAACAGUUCAACCUGGCACAAAGGAAGCAUGGUUGCCGUGGAGCCAUCGUGGUGGCGGAGGCUCGCUCAGCAGAUGAGCCGGUGCUGACCCGCCGCUGCGUCAUCAUGAAGUUGCUGGACUUCACCACAGAAAAAUACCUCGAGGCCCAGAGGCAAAGUGCUGCCGCCAUCAUGAUCCUGCUGCCCAAAAAUAUCUCCGGUAUCCCCCAUGAAACUGUUCAGUCCUUCAUGGUGAGUGAGAGCGAGGCCUUGCUGAAGGAGACCCUCAUGCCUGUGUAUGUGGCGCCCGAGGACGAUCAGCUGCUUUAUAUGUAUGAGGAGGUCAAGCAAGCUGCAGCCACAAGGACCUUAUCUAUAUUCGUCAGAGUCCUUCGAAGUAUGGUCACAGCUACAGCCUUCCAGAUAUUAGUGAGCAACAAUGUCCCUAUUAAGGGCAUCACUGACAACAUCAUCACCACACUUGAGGGAGUGCUUCCAGGCGCAGGCGAGGACGCACCCACUGUUGUCAUCACUGCCCACUAUGAUUCCUUCGGGCUGGCACCAUGGUUGUCGUAUGGAGCGGACUCUAAUGGCAGUGGGGUCACCAUCCUGCUAGAGUUGGCACGUCUCUUCCAGAAGCUUUAUAGUAGCCCAAGCACCAGACCACAAUAUAAUUUAAUGUUCUCCUUAACUGGAGGAGGAAAGUACAAUUUCCUGGGCACGAAGAGAUGGAUUGAAGAUAAUCUGGACCAUGCUGAGUCCAGCCUUCUCCAUGACAAUGUGGCAUUUGUUCUGUGUUUGGAUACACUGGCCAACAGUGAUGAACUGUACAUGCACGUGUCCCGCCCUCCUAAAGAGGACACUCCCAUGCAUUCCUUCGUUCAACAGCUGGAGGAGGUGGUGUCCUCCAGGUUUCCCUGGGUGAAGGUGGGAUUGGUCCACAAGAAAAUCAAUCUGGUGGAGUCCACAGUAGCGUGGGAGCAUGAGCGUUACAGCCUGCGCAGGAUACCAAGUUUUACUCUGUCUCAUCUGGAAGACCCCAAAUCUGAGCUACGUGGCUCCAUGCUAGACACCAUGUCACAGGUGGACUUCAGGAAAAUGAAGCGGAAUGGCAUCAUCAUAGCAGAAGCACUGGCGCGUUUUAUGUACAAUCUCUCUGACAAGGGUUCACCCAAAGAUGUGCAGGUUUUCAAGGGCCAAUUGGACUUCCACGACACUCGGAUGUCCAGUCUGAUGUCCUUCCUGACGUCAGUCCCUCGAGCCACCCAGCUGCUGGAUAAGGAGCCCAGUCACAUCCUGCUGGUCAACUCACUGGAGCACGAGUUCAAACGAUACCUGCAGCAAGUUCACAGACACGCCUACCGACAGGACAGGAGGGACCCUGAUAUUACCUUUUUUGAUCAAAUGAACCAACCAAUAACAAUGUACAGAGUGAAGCCAGCAGCCUUUGAUCUCUUCCUUGGUGGCUGCAUUGCUGCUUAUUUGGGGAUUGUUUACUAUGCCAUCCAGAAUUUUGGUUAUCUCUACACGAAGCUCAAAGUGGUAGUGAAAUCGAAGCACGACUAA